AUGGCGGCCGACAACGUUCCUCGGACUGUGGAAGAGGAGGGCAUAUCAUCAUACGCCUCAUCGCAAACUGGCUUCACCCCCGUCAUGGAUAGCUACACGCCUUCCGCAUCGGAAAGCCCGAGAGCCAGCACACCGCCAGAACAAGACAGAUCCGAAGUAGGACACCAUCGAGACAUGAUCACCGACAACGACGACGAUAAGCUUAGGGCCCCUGGCGCAUUGUCCGUGGAUCUCGAGGCGGCAAAGCAGCAGCAAGGUGCGUCCGAGACAGCCGGCGGGAGGAGUCUGGACGAAAAGGCACGCCUGGUCGAUUGGGAAGGCUUGGACGACCCGAAUCACCCGCACAACUGGUCGGUGGCGAGACGAGUCUAUCUCACCUCGCUGGCCUGCGUGGUGGUGCUUGCGUCGACGUUUACCUCGUCGAUCACCUCUGGUGUUUCGCAGAGCCUGAUGGCGCAUUACGGCUUUGGCGAAGAGGUCGCGGCACUCACCAUAUCGAUCUUUGUUGCGGGUUACAUCCUGGGUCCUUGGCUUUGGGGUCCUCUCUCAGAGCGCAUCGGCCGGCGCACGGUCUUCUCUGCCUCCCUGCUCAUCUAUACCUGCUGGAAUGUGGGCUGUGCGCUAGCACCAAACACCGGCGCCCUGUUGACGCUCCGCUUCCUUGCCGGCACCGCAGCUGCCGCGCCGCUCAGCAACUCGGGUGGUCUGAUUGCCGACCUGUGGAAGACACGCGUCCGUGGCAUUGCUACGGGUCUCUACGCCUGCGCUCCCUUCACUGGUCCAGCGCUUGGGCCCAUCGUCAGUGGCUUCAUUCAGAACUCGGGCGUCAACUUCCGCUGGGCCUUUUGGGUCUGCGCCAUUUUCUCUGGAGUCUGUUGGCUGUUGGUUGUGCUGACGCUCCCGGAGACGUAUGCGCCCGUGCUACUAAAGCAUAAGGCCCAGCGUCUGCGCCGCCAGACAAGAAGCGAUCUCUACCGUGCACCGCUCGAGCAGCAUGCCGAACUCACGCCAUCGACGCUGCUACGCACCGUGCUCAUCAAGCCAUUCAUCUUGUCGGUGCAAGAGCCCAUGCUGCUCGCCUCGAUUUUGUUCAUGGCGUUCUUGUACGGCGUCGUAUAUCUGCUCUUCGAAGCCGUGCCUAUAGUCUUUGGCCAGGGCUACGGCUUCAGUGCGGGUAUAGUGGGCCUCAUGUUCAUCCCCUUCGCGGUGGGUGCAUUUGGUGGCGUGCUGUUCUACAUCGCCUUCUUGUUCCCGCGAUAUGCGCGCAUGAUUGACCGUGCUCCGCACAACCAGAUCGCCCCCGAAGAGCGUCUACCAAUGGCAAUGCUGGGAGCGCCGGUGCUCACCAUCGGCUUUUUCUGGUUUGCCUGGACCAGCGAUCCAAACAUCACCUUUUGGGCCCCCAUGCUUUCCACCGCGCUGCUCGGCUUCGGCAUCUUCUUCGUUUUUCAAGGUCUUUUCAACUUUAUCAUCGACGCCUACACCGUCAAUGCGGCCUCGGCGCUGGCAGCCGGCGUCAUCGUGCGCAGCUGCUUCGGCGCCGCCUUCCCAUUGUUUGCAAGACAAAUGUACGCUCGCCUGGGCACCAAAUGGGGGUCGAGCUUGCUGGGCUUCCUUGCAUUGGCCAUGACACCGAUUCCGUUUCUGUUGCAUCGUUACGGAGCUCGGCUUCGCGCCAUGUCGCGGAACACCAAGUAG